AUGGAUACUGAAAGUGGUACUCAAAAUGAACAAAUGACUUUUGUUCAAAAUGAACCUAGUGUACUAGCUACUGUAAUUAAUGAUGCUAAUGCACCAGAUAAUGAUUCAACUAUUGGUCAAGAUGAAUUAUCUAUAGGGUCCGAUCAGUUUGCUAAAGAGCAAGAUGAAUCCAUAUUAUCUAAUAAUAAUGAAGAAGUUUCACAAGGAUCUCCCUUAGAAAUUGUUCAGACAAGAUUUUUCUCAAAAAGAAUAAUUUCAUCAAGAAAAAAAAUUCUUAAAAGUUUCUUAAUGACAAAUGUAUUAUAUGCUAUUGUAAUAUAUACAGUCAUAGUAAUGUUUUGGGGUGCUGCUGGUUAUACUACUAAAUACUACCAUAAAGUUAAAUUUUUAGCUGUGAUUCAAGAUGAUAUAAUAGAUUCUAAUAUAACUCCUGGGAUUUCAACAUCUCUAUCAAGUACUUUAGAACCAAUGAUUAGUUCAUCUCCUGGUAAAUGGUCAAUUUUUAAUUCUUCAUCAUUUGAACAAAGAUAUGGAGUUCAAGGUACCCAAGAAAUUAAUGAUAAAGUUAUUGAAAGAAUUUAUGACGAACAUUAUUGGGUUGCAAUUAAUAUGAAACCUAAUGCAACUGCUGCACUUUAUCAAUCUUUAAUUAGUGAAGAUUCAUCAUCAAUAUUUAACUCUAGCGAGUUUUUCGAAAUAAUAUAUGAAACUGGUCGUGAUCCAACAAAUAUGGUAGGUUCAUUUUUACCAAUAGUAGAAGCUAUAGAAAUAAAUUUUAGAUAUGCUUUCAUUACUCAAUAUUUCCCAUCAUUUAUUGGUAAUAUCUCUAAAUUAAAUAAUAACAGCAAUAAUAAUUUAACAGUGCAAUUGAAUUUAGAUAAUUUAGCUACCAAUUUACAAAUGGAUUUUAAUUAUAAUGAUUACAGAGCUUAUUACCGUCGUGCUUUAAUUAGUCCUAUUCAAGUUGGUUUAAUUUUUGCUGUUAUUUUAUCAAUAUUUCAUUUUAUGUUAUAUGCACCAAUUAAUGCAGAAAUGGGUAAAUUAUUAAAACCAAAGCAUUAUAUGUUUUAUAGAAUUGGAUUAACAUGGUUUACGUUUUUUUUCAUCUCAUUAUUUUAUUGUAGUGUUUCUGCAAUUUAUAAGAUUGAUUUCACUAAAGCAUUUGGACGUGGUGGAUUUGUCGUUUAUUGGAUGACAACUUGGAUGUUUAUGUUAGCUUGUGGUGGAGCAAAUGAAAAUGUUUUAAGUUUAAUAUUUUUAUACUGUCCACAGUAUUUAGGGUUUUGGUUGAUUUUCUUCAUUAUUAUUAAUUCAUCCACUACUUUCUUCCCAUUUGCAUUGGCAAGCGUCUUUUAUAGAGUCGGUUAUAUGUUUCCAAUGCAUAACGUGGCCGACAUUUAUCGUGUUAUAUUCUUUGAUUUAACAAGAAUUAAAAUGGGUAGAAACUAUGGUGUAUUAAUUGCUUGGAUUGUUAUUAAUACUUUAUUGGCUCCAGUUGUCGCAUGGCAUGUAGGAACAACGAUGAAGAAAAGAGCUCAAUUGCAAGCUCAAAAAACAAAUCAAUGA